AUGAAUUGCUUUAAUUUCGAUGAAGAUAUGCACGUUUUUCAAGUAAACUAGAAGAUAGAGGUCUUAAAAUGUCCUUUGUAAACCAUCAAGCAGUAAAUAGACAAUAAGCUUAAAGAAAAUCCAAACGAUUUAUAUAGUUUAGCCAUAAAAUGCUAAAUAGAAUAUGAAUAUAAUUUAAAUUACAGAAAUGCAUUAGAAAUAAUAAAAUUAAUUUUAAAGUAAGACAAGAACAAUGUAGAUGCAAGAUUAGACUUAGUUUCGAUUAUGUUUAAGUUCAAAUUGAAGUAGAUCAGAGAAUGUUUUAGCUUAAUUGAUGAAUGUUUGCAGAUUGCGAAUUAAUAUUGGAGAACAAAUUAUAUUAAGAGUGUCAUUCUAUCAGAAAAUGUGGAUUUGAACGAUUCAAUUUUUGUUUUGAAAAAACUAUAUGAAUAAGAACCAUAAAAUAUAUUUAUAUUGUGUAGACUUUCAUAAUUUCUAUCUGAAGAUCCAUUAACUUAAAAUGAAUCCUUAAAACUGUUGAAUAAAGCUAAAUCAAUUGGAAUUUAUGAUUAUGAUAUUCUAAGAAGAAUUUCAUACUCUGAAUUUAGCUUAAAGAAUUAUGAAAUUACUAAAAAACUACUUUAAAGGGCUAUUCAGCUAAACCCAAAUUCAUCUAUUUGCUAUGAAAAUUUAGCUUAUCAUGAAUAUAAAGUAUUAAAUGACCUAUAAAAAAGUGAAGAACUAUACUUGAAAUCCAUCGAACUUGACAACUUUGUUUAUGAAUCUCAUACAUAGCUAGCUUAUAUAAACUUAAAUAAAAAGAACAUUGAAGAUGCAGUUAAAUAUUUUAAGAAGUGUAUUUAAAUUAAAAGUGAUCGCUCACCUACUCCUUAUUCAGAGUUAGCAGUCAUUUACAGCAACGAUAUAAAAGAUAAUGAUAAAUCCUACUAUUAUUUACAAAAAGGUUUAUAAUAAUUUAAAAAUUGCCCUUAUAUGAAUUUAAUAGCAGUUAUGUAAAGAUAAGAUGAACCCUUUAGGUAGACAUACAAAGAUCUUGAAGAAGAUGAGCAUAGUGCCUAUAUUACAUUAAACUAAUCAAAUAAAAAAAAUAUAGACUAUACAUGUAUGUUAUCUAUUUUAGCAUUGCUGUAUUGA